UAGAUCGGAAUCGGAAUUACGCGUUGCAUAUAUAUGUCAAACUACUUGGAUUAUUUGAGGUAAAUUAAACCUAUAUAAUGUAAAUAUGUGAGAAUACGGGUUUACAUUUGGAUCACAUUGCAACAACAGCAAGUGCAAUUUUUAUGAUUUUUCAUAUGAACCAAAGUAAAAAUGACUUCUAGCCCGGAAAAUUCAUUUAGAGACACAAUUUUUUAUUGUCUUGAACAGCAAAUUAAUGAACUAGAGUUGUUAAAGUCCAUGUAUCCAAAUCCAGAAGAUAUUGUUCUAACUGACAACAAAGUCUUACAGGAUAUUCAAGAUUUCUUAGAUAAUAAAACAGAUUAUAUUCCUAAUCACCUAGAUUUUGUGAUAAACCUCUUAAUAAAUGAAUUGAAAUUGGAAAUCUGUGUGAAUUUGCCAAGCUUGUAUCCAAAGGAGGAGCCUGAUAUUUAUGUGCGAUGUAAUCAAUUAAAUCGCCAGCAAGAAAAAAGUUUAAAUACUGAUUUAUCUGAACACAUGAAAAGCAAUUACCAGGCUGAUGUUUGCUUGUAUACUGUAAUAUCUUGGCUCCAGGAAAAUAUUUGUAUUGACACUACUAAUACAGUGCAUGAUGACAUGUCACAAGUUGACGAAGGAGCAACGGUAGAAGAAUACAAAUUUGUAAGGUAUUGGAUUUUAUCCCAUCACAUAUACAAUAAAAGGAAAAGAGAAGAAAUAGUAAAAAAAGCCAAAGAUUUAAAACUAACUGGCUUUUGUUUACCUGGUAAACCUGGUAUAAUUUGUAUAGAAGGAAUGGACAGUGAUUGUAAUGAAUGGUGGAAAGAUAUAAAAUCAAUGUCUUGGAAGAAAAUUGGUAUAAGAAAAACUGAAGUAUUUGAACCUUCAGAACAAAAAAAUCAACAAAAGUUCUUUAAAUUUGAGGAAUUACAUUUUCAAAAUGCAUCUCGCUUAAAUAAGCAUGCGGAUAUGAGUGGAUUUUCUAAAUAUUUGGAUGAACAUGGUCUCAUUCAAGCAUUUAAUGAAUUAUUUGGAUUGUCUAAUGAACUACGAAUCUAG